CUGUUCACAUUCCAUGUCCAAUAUGCCGCGAGUUUCACACUUCGGAGGUUCGUAAACAGACAGAAAAGUGCUUGGACGAUCAGACAGAGAGAGCAAGUCUUCAAGUAUGUUUUUCUUGUGGAACUAAGAUGCGCAUUUACAUACGAAACAAGCAAAAGUACGACCCUGCAACUCCUGAACGAGAGCUGAUCUCUGUAGAGGUGAACGAUUUCGCUCGGACUACGAUUGCAGAUUUGAAAGAGCACUGCAAGAGUGUAAGUCAUGCUAAAGUGGACAUAUUGUAUUACCAGGAUAACCCACUGGCAGAUGAUAGGUCUGUUGGACACUACAACAUUCAAAAUGGGUCUAUACUGGAGACCACGUCGAACCCGUUCUGGGUUGCCUGUAUCUAUACCAAAUUACGAGAAGUAGAACAACAGCGAGAUCAGCAACUGACUGACAAACGUACACAGCAGUGGACACACAAGUCUAUCAUCAGGAAAUAUACACUUAUCCAAGUGUUGUUCAACUCUAACAAGGACCAGGGGGAUGUCCAGCCACCUCACUUCCCCACUGUGGAUGCUUUCUUACAGUUCAUUCAGGACCUGGGUAAGAAGGGAGCGGCCAUCAGUCCCUACACAGAGGCUGACCUGCGGAGACUGCUCAACGAGUAUCAGUACAUGGAUAUGGGAGAGAUUGACCCAGUGGGGGCUUUCAUAAGAAGGCAGGCCAUCAGACUCGGUUUCAAAGUACAGAAGAAGGGUGGAAUUGGCAGAGGAAACCAGCUAGGCUCUGGCAGAGGAAACCAGCUAGGCUCUGGCAGAGGAAACCAGCUAGGUUCUGGCAGUGGAAUCCAGCUAGGUUCUGGCAGAGGAAACCAGCUAGGUUCUGGCAGAGGAAACCAGCUAGCUUCUGGCAGUGGAAUCCAGCUAGGUUCUGGCAGAGGAAACCAGCUAGCUUCUGGCAGAGGAAUCCAGCUAGGUUCUGGCAGAGGAAACCAAACAGGUUCUGGCAGAGGAAACCAGCUAGGUUCUGGCAGUAAUAAUGCAGCUGCGGUUGGUGGAACAAACAAAAGGGAUGCUGCAAAUUUACCUACUCCUAAGCAGAAUAGAAACAGAGGCAAAAAGCAGGAGCGCCCUUGUGAACACUGUGAGGAAGCGUCGGCUGUGGAGUAUUGCCCAGAGUGUGAUGGAGGCACUGCCCUGUGUGGUGUCUGCUCGGACGUCUUACACAGAGGGGCAGCGAGGAGGAACCAUCAGAGACAAGACAUAGACCAGGCUCCAAGACCUGCUAAGGCAUAUAUACCUCAUGCAUACAGGAGUCCAUUUGCACUGCUGCUUGGUUUAUUUAGUUGUCUUCAUGAGACUCCCCCCAUCUUGAGUCUGACAGAAGAUGAACUCAAAGCCAGGUCCCAGCAGGUCACUGACACAGAUCUCUCUGAUAAAACUCCAGGCAAGUACAUGAGUGGCUUUGACAGCAUAGAGAACUUGCAGACCAAAGGCUUGGUUUAUAAAGAGGCUGCUGCAAACCCAACAUACCAGUUGACAGAGGCAGGAAAAAACCUUGCCAGGAAACUGUCAAAAUUCCACAAUGCUGUGUUGAGAUUUCUCAUUCAAGCCAAUGUGCCAAAGAUGCCAGAUUUGAGCAGCUGUUCCUUUAAUGGACACCAGGUGGUGCUGCUAAUGGACUCCCAAGAGAAGCAGCAAGACAGGCUGGUGGCACUUGCAAGACAGCACCAAAUCCCAGUUCAAGUAAGGGAAUUGAAAUGUGGAGACUACAUUUGGAUAGUGGUGCCAGAAUGGGCUUGUGAUGGGCUGAAGUACAUUGAAGUUUUACCUGACCAGGAAAAGGUUCUCCCUCACAUAGUGGAACGCAAGACAUGGGAUGAUUUAUUGAACAGCACCCAAACUACAAGAUUUAGAAAUCAAGUGGAGAGCAUGAAGAGAAGUGGGUUGAGGGACAAGUUUUAUCUGAUAGAGGGCGCUAUGCAUGGAAUGAGAAGUAAACCAAGUAUAUACCAGCAGCAGGACUUGCAGGUCAAGUUGUCCAGUCUUCUUAUGGAGGAGGGCUUUCUGGUCAACUACACGUCUACCUGGCUGAAAACUGCCCAGUGGUUAUUCUGGUUGACGAAUAUGGUGACUGCUUUGUACCAGUCAGGCACAGCCAGCACUGACCAGCUGAUGACCUUUGCAGAGUAUUCCCGUAAAGUUGGUGGCACCAAGAAAAAAACGGAACUGUACAGGGAGAAAGCCAUGCGAGGACCGCGACACUGCCAUGUUUGGCAGGCUGAACACUUUAUUGAUUUGAUCCUUAGGGACAGUGAAGGUAUUCCACUGCUAGAUUUAGCCUCCGUGGAGUUCAACAUUACAAACAGAGCACCAAACAACACACAUCUCCUGAUCAAACAGGGUUUAGAAAAUUAUAAUAAGGGACGCCAGAAACACCUGAACAGGUGCUUGGAGGAGGUGUGUAAACAGGUCAACAACACUGCCACUGACAUAGUAAGCACCACCCUGGGUCCUGUGAGACGAGAUCUGGUCCACUAUGAUGUGCCCUCGUACUGGCAGUUAAAGUUACAGGUAUUUCUUGGCAUUGCUCUGUUGCGCACAGAGAGUGAUGAGGAUACUGAUGCUGCUAGAUCCAAGUUUUUACAGGAUAUCCAAGGUGACCACUUUGAUGGUAACUAUGAUCAUGGUCUUUAUGGUGAUGGUAACUACGGUGAUGGUCUCUAUGGUGAUGGUCUCUAUGGUGAUCUUGAGCUACAGAGACAUGGAACAGGACACAACAGGCAGAGAGGAAGAAGUCAUUCAAACCUGGAUGUUGUAUUCUCUUCAUCUAAAAAUAGAAGGUCUGGGAAACCCAGGCCAACAGCAACUGUCACUAGGGCAGAUUUAGUCACCAAGAAAGUUGAUGUCAACGAGACAGAAACUGUCACAAAGGGGGACAAUGUCUAUGGCUUAGAUAGAUCUGGUGACAACCAUAUACCUGAUGACAUUGUAAAUUCCACUUGGCUUGAUGUUACCCCUUCAUCUGACGAUAGAAGGUCUGGAAAACCCAAACCGACCGCAACUGUCACUAGGACAGAAAUUGCCACUGUCAAUCAGACAAAAACUCUCAAAAAUAAUGCUGUUAAUUAUAGCAUUGCAAAUGCUUCUUUUCUUGGUACCAAUCACAUACCUUCCAGCACAAAACUUUACACUGGGAACAACGCUGUCCAUGGGGUAGACAGCGAGGGUGGUGACGGUUUUUUAUUUGGUGACAGUAGUUAUAAAACCACCACCACCACCAGUGGUAGCAGUGCAGUCCUCAGUGAUGGUGCCAGUCAGCUGGACUAUGCCUCCAACUCCCAGGAAGAACAGUUCAUGCUGGACCAGGCUUUAGAAGCAAGCAUGGCAAUCAGGCUGGACUCCUUAACCUCAGACAACAGUGUAAGUCACCAUUCACUUAAACUAGAUGAGGAAGAAGAUCCAGAACUGAAAAAAGCCAUAGAACUGAGCAAGAAAACUGCACUUACUGACCCCAUUGGCCAAAUCCAUCCAACAGGUAACCAAGAAAGUUUAUUUAUAGACGAAGAUGUGCAGAGUACUUUAAAAGCUGAUGAAGAGGAAGAUAAUUUGAAAAGAGCUCUGGAACUUAGCAUGAAAGCUGAAGAAAGUGCUUCCAGAUUCCAAGCUGAAAAUGGCAACACUCAAGAAGAAGAACCUGCAGGUCACAGUGAAAUGGAGGAGGACAAAGAGUUUCAAAAAGCUCUGGAACUUAGUAAACAGUGUGUAAUAUUUGGUAGCAGUACCAAAAGCCAAUCUUAUGUUGACCAAACCAUCUCUAAAUCUGCCAGUAACUCAAACCCAUUUGUUCCUGCUGAGGAUAAAGAAGACAAAGACCUGAGAAAAGCUAUAGAACUGAGCAAGAAAAGUGUAUUGUCUGACCACAAUGCAAACAUACAUUCCCUUCAAAGUACCAGGGCAUCUUUGGAGGAUCAAAUACAAUAUAACAGGGAUGAGGUACAAACUUGUCAUAACAGAGCAGAUGGUAUUGUACAAGGAACUAUAAAAAAUGAUACAGAUGUGACAGAGGAAAUUGGUGCUUCAGUUUUUCCAGGUGCUCAUUAUAAUGAAGAUGGGUCUAGUCCUGGUGGUGCUAUAUUACCUAAUAGUAUAACAGACAAUAACAGAAAACUUCCUCUUGGAGCUCUGUAUAAUGUUAGAUAUGGACAAGAAAAAUAUGGUCCUGAAAUCAUCCCAGAUAUUCAUUCAGAUGAAGAAGAUGAAGAUAUGAAGAAAGCAUUGCAGCUCAGUCUGCAGGAGGUUCAAGACACAAGUCUCCAGGGGGCACCAAGUGCAAACAUUUCUCAAAGCGUUAAGGUAUUGCAAGAAGAUGAAGCUCUGGCAAGAAGACUUUUUGAAGAGGAGGCCAGAAAGGCAGGUCACUCGGACAUACUAUUAGCAACAAUGCCACCUGGUGUCGAAAAUUCUCAGACAGAUGAGGCGUUGGCCAGGAGACUGUCUAUGGAGGGAAAUAAAACCAUGGAGCACUUUGCUUUCUCUGACAACAUGAUUGUAUCUGGGUUUAAAGCAACAGAAGACCAAGUUCUGGCAAGGAUACUUCUUGAGGAAGAGAACAGAAGAUUAGAAGUGUUGAACAAAGAGCAAGUGAGACAAGAUGAAGAGCUUGCUAGACAGUUACAAAAUGGCCAAGAUGAUGUUUCUCUAAGCAAUUUUGUAUCAGACAAGCAUUCUCCCUCCAAAACCAGAACUCCCAAAGACUGUGAGAAUGCUGCAGCCCUGGACAGGCAUUUUCAUAAUGAGUUUAAUAUACCAGAGCGUGCUGGAGGUCAAAGAUCUAUGGGAUCAUCUGCUCUUAGAGGUCAGAGUUCAGGAGGGCCACCUGGAGGGGCAAGAGGUCAAAGGUCAAUGAAUACACCUCUAAAAAGCUGUAGAAGCCUUUUUAAAGAAAUUAAAAAUGAAAGAAGAAACUCAGAGCUGCAGAUUGAAGCAUAUCGUCAGAGACACAGACAAAACCACAUACGUGAAUCAGGCAGCACUGCUCUGCCCUCUGGUGGUGAAAGCAAACCAACCCUGACCCCAGGUCAUUCCAGUCACUCUACACCUACAGCCAGGGUCAGUUCAAGAGUCAGUCCCAUUAUGGCCACUGGAAUAGGAGGCUCAGUCAAAGAAGAGGUUAUAGAUGUCAGUGAUGAUGAAGACGGUUUACCAGAUCUACUGAACCCAAAGCCAUGCAAGGAUUCUCCUGGUCCUAGCUGUGAGGAUAGACAGCCUUCAAGCAUGUCUAGUCAGGGUGUGAGCAGUUCCCCCGGGGUAACAUGAGGUGUGGAGCCUGCGGGGAGAGGGGACAUUCCAGAGUUUGGAAGAAAUGUCCCAGUUACUGGACAGAUGAGGAGAGACAAAGACGAGAGGCUACAUCUGAGAGAAAAAAGAGAAAAGCUGAUGAAGAAAGGAGAGAACGAGAAGAAGCUUUAAAUAUGUUGCAUCAACAAGAAACAGAGUUGGAAAACCAGCGCCAAACCAUUCAGCAGCAAAUGACAACAGUCCUGCAGCAAUAUGGGGAGCAAAUUGACCAU